AUGGGUGAAUUCCAGUGGCCAUGGGAGUAUUCAUUUCCACCGUUUUUCACGGUGCAAGUGCACGAUAAAACCAAAGAACAGCAGCUAGCCACAUGGAAGGAGCUGGUGCUGAACUACCAGAAGCACGAGCGCCAAUCCCUACUGAACAUUGCCGAAGAUACGCCUCUGUUCGUCAAUAGGGAGCUGUCUCGAAAAUUGUCUCCGGAAGCCCGAUUGUGGGUAAUGGAGGAACUGGCCAAGACUGGCCAUGCCGCAACGGUCGACAAACGAAAGCAGCAGUGGGAAGUUUACUGGCACACGUUAGAUGAAUGGAGUAAUGUUCUUUACGACUGGGCCGUAUCAAGUGGGACGACGAACACGGUGUGCACGAUUUACGAACUGGUUGCGGGAGACAACACGGUCGGGGAAGAGUUCCACGGGCUGGACGAAGGAAUUUUCAAAAAGAUACUGAAAGUACUGGAAUCCCGGGGAAAAUGUGAACUGAUUGCAUUCGACGACAACGAGGGUGUGAAGUUUUUCUAAAAGAUCAAGCAAGGAAAGGAAUAUUACAAACCUGUUCGGGAUCGGGAAAACUAAGAGAUGUGAUGUUAAAAUACAGAAUAA